CGCUUUUCUUGUGACGCGGCACGUAAUAUAGUGCGCAUGCGCCGGCAAGGAAACGCUUGUGGCUGAUGUAAGAAGAGAGACCGGUCGAAGCGGAGAUACCGGGAAACAGACCGAGGAUCGAACAAACGCUAGUGGGCUGUGCGGACAAGAGUUGAAGUAAUAAUUAUCUAACCUAACGACAAGAUGUCCGGAGACGAGAUGAUUUUCGACCCCACCAUGUCCAGGAAGAAAAAGAAGAAGAAGAAGCCCUUCAUGCUGGACGAAGAAGGGGGAGAGCCACAGACAGAGGAGACUCAGGUCCCGGAGACCAAAGAGGUCGAACCAGAGCCCCAGGAAGACAGGGAUGUGGAGGCAGACGACGAGGCUUACAGGAAAAAAGAUGCCCCUGAUGAUCUAGAUGACCUGAAUUUCUUGAAUCAGAAGAAGAAGAAAAAGAAAACCAAAAAAUUUGACCUGGAUGAAGCGGAAGAGGCUGUUAAGAAUCUCAAAAUUGAGACUGAAGUCCAGGAAGCCACAGAAUCCCAAGAAGAUGAUCUGGAUAUCAUGCUGGGCAAAAAGAAGAAAAAGAAAAAUGUGAAGUUUCCAGAGGAAGACGAUAUGCUUGACAAAGAUGAAGCUUUUGAAGAAGAAGAUAACAAGAAAGAUGAUGGAAUAUCCUUCAGUUCCCAGCUUGGUCCUGCAUGGGCAGGCACAGAAAGGGACUAUACAUACGAUGAGCUACUAAACAGAGUGUUUAACAUCAUGCGUGAGAAAAACCCAGACAUGGUGGCUGGAGAGAAGAGGAAAUUUGUCAUGAAGCCACCUCAGGUGGUCAGAGUAGGAACAAAGAAGACCUCCUUUGUGAACUUCACUGAUAUCUGCAAACUAUUACAUCGUCAGCCAAAACAUCUCCUGGCUUUCCUCCUAGCUGAAUUGGGAACAAGUGGAUCCAUAGAUGGUAACAACCAGUUAGUAAUCAAAGGCAGAUUCCAGCAGAAGCAAAUUGAAAAUGUCCUCAGAAGAUAUAUCAAGGAGUAUGUGACUUGUCACACCUGUCGGUCGCCCGAUACCAUUCUACAAAAGGACACAAGGUUAUAUUUCCUACAGUGUGAGACCUGCCACUCGCGCUGCUCCGUGGCCAGCAUCAAAACUGGUUUCCAGGCCGUCACAGGCAAGAGAGCACAGCUCCGCGCCAAAGCCAACUAACUGGCGCGUCCACGCGGUCAGAUCUUACCAGCCCGUUGCGAGGAGACACUGAGGGCACCCCCUGCCCAUUAAGGAGAGGAGCGCCCAAAAUUGUAAGGAAUGAUGUGAGAAGUUGCAAGAAAAUCUUUGGCUUAAUUUUUGUUUUUUUCCCUGUCGUUUGUGCAAACAGUCGCUAAUAUCGGACAGCUAAGCCGAUCGGUCUCUAUAAACAAUCCUCUUGCAGAAAGUGUUUUACCAGCUGUCUGAGGGAAUGGGGGGAUUUAGAAUCUGCAUUUUUAACCAGACUUCUGUAAAAUGCUAAAUACAUUAAAGUUAUUACAACAUUCAGACAA